CUAGAGACCAGAGGCACACACACACACACACACAUACACACAAUAUGUGCUGGCUCUCGCCGAAAAGGAGGCAGUAUUCUUCAAGCUAAAACCAUGUAAUGUAAGCGGCGAAAGGAGAGCGAUUUCAUCUUUUCAUCAAUUAAGAAAGCAGUCGAUCGGACGAACCAUGUCCAAGCCGGGGGAGAGGAACAGAUUGAACGAAGACCAUGGCAGAAAGCAGAGUUCAAGUCUGGCGAACGGCAUGGACAGUCAUCCCGUCUGCGGCUCGGCGGAGAAGCGGAGUCACCACUGGAGAAGUUACAAGUUGAUCAUCGACCCGGCGCUGAAGAAGGGGUCGCACAAGCUGUACCGCUACGAUGGGCAGACCUUCAGCAUGCCAAACCCCGGGAUACCACCGGUGAACACCGUCCGAGAUCCGAGAAUCGGCCGUCUCUGGACCAAGUACAAAGAGAUAGACCUGCCGGUGCCUAAAUUUAAGAUCGACGAGUGUUACGUGGGCCCCGUGCCCCCGAAGGAGGUGACGUUCGCCCGGCUGAACGACAACAUCAGGGAAGGGUUCCUCACGGACAUGUGCAAAAAGUUCGGGGACAUCGAGGAAGUGGAGAUCCUGUACAACCCGAAAAACAAGAAGCACCUGGGAAUAGCCAAGGUUGUUUUCGAGAACGUCAAGUCGGCCAAGGUGGCCGUGCAGUCGCUGCACAACACGUCUGUGAUGGGAAACAUCAUCCACGUGGAGCUGGACCCGAAAGGUGAGAAUCGCCUCAGGUACUUCCAGCUCCUGAUGAAUGGCAGCUACACUCCACGGACGCUGCCUGUUGGAGGAGAGGAGACCCGAGAGGUUUCCCCUCUGAGCCUGGCAGAGGCAUUACUGGCCUGCGAACCCAUCCGCAGGUUGUCCGAGGGCAACGCCUCCUCUGCAGCUGGAGCUUUGCCACCCAGCAGCAGCUCUACAACUCCCCUCAGCAUGGAGACGGGCUACUCCAGCCAGAGGCAGGACACCCCCCAGUCCCAGGGAACCCCUCAUACCCCACGUCAGCCGGGCACACCCUUCUCUCAGGACUCCAGUUUUUCCAGCCGGCAGUCCACGCCUGCGUAUCAGUCCAGCCGUCCUGAGAGCUCCGGAAGCUGCAAGUCUCGCAGACACGAGAGCAAAAUCCAAAACACGUACAACCGCAGACCGGCGAGGCCGCAGUAUCACAACAUCACGUACAGGAGUACGCCGUCUGAACAGAACUCUUUGAGGCAGCACCAGCUCACCCCACCUGAACCCCCACCUUCCACCCCUAUCUUCAGCUACACUGCACCUCCUCCUGCUACGCCGAACUUCAAGUCUGCCUUCUCACCGUAUCAGACUCCUUUGCCUCCCGCCUUCCCUCCAGCCGAGUCCCCUUUCCAUCACCCAGCCCAAAGGGAGGGCGAGUACCUCCGACCACCGCAGCCGCCACUAGCGGCUCCCACGGACUUUUUACCAAUCAAGGAUAGACCGGAAACUCCUCCUACCCCCAAGCAACCACCAGAACCCCUUCCCCAUCCAACUACCCCUCCUCCUCAGACACCAGAGGGCUGCCCUUCGCCAGGCUCUCCGGUGCUGGACUCGGAACGGAACAGUUUGGACUCGCGCAUCGAGAUGCUCCUCAAGGAGAAACAGACAAAGUUGCUGCCCUUCCUGAACGAUCGGGACUCGGACAAUGAGGUGCGAAUGGAGGGAAGUCCUAUUUCCUCCUCGUCCUCUCAGCUAUCCCCAAUCCCACCUUACACGAGUGGCUCGCAAGGCGGCCAGCAGAAUUCCCGUCCCCCCAGCACAGGCUUAGAGGAUAUCAGUCCAACCCCACUGCCAGACUCGGACGAUGAAGAUCCAGUUCCUGGAACUGCCUCGUUGAUCAGAAGAGCCGGUUCUCCUGUCCAUGAGAAGAACAAAAGUGACCUCAAAGAUGGCUCUUUUCGAUGCCCCACUCCCCCAGAUAAAACAGACACGGCUCAUCAGUCGUCUGGAGAAGACAUGGAAAUCUCUGACGAUGAGAUGCCCGGAGCUCCAAUCACCAGUGGAGAUUGUGACCUUGUAAACGCUGACAUGUCCACCAUGCAGACCAUGUCCAUGCACGCUGCUGGUUUCCACCACUUACUACCUAUGUCUCAACACCACCUUACUCCUCACUCCACCAUCUCGGGACAUCCCGCUCACCACCACGGCGUUCCUCCGCACAUGCUGCCCAUGAGCCCCUACGCCCCGAGCCUCCUGCAGAUGAUGGGUCUGAUGAGCUGUGUGCCAUGGGAGCGGUGGAGCACGGUUCCCAUGUCCUUCCAGAUGCAGCAGCAGAUGCUGAGCCGUAUGGCCCAGACCAGAGGGCCCUAUCAGUAUCCCCAUUUCAUGGACGGUUGCACAUCUGGGCUGUUCGGGGGACACUAUGUGCCUCUUUCAAUGGAGGCUGCACCCGCUUGUAGCACAGGAGCACCUGGGCAUGAGUGGAACCAUCCCAGUGUACCCACAUUCAACCCCACUGUUCCUCCUCCGGGGUAUGACUCUAAAAAAGAGGAUCCUCACAGGGCCACUGUGGAGGGAGUGCUGCAGGUCAUCGUCAAAGAGCUGAAGGCCAUCAUGAAGAGGGACCUCAAUCGCAAAAUGGUAGAGGUGGUGGCUUUCAGGGCUUUCGAUGAGUGGUGGGAAAAGAAGGAACAUUCUGCAAAGGCGUCGUUGACUCCAGUGAAGGGUGCUGAAGGAAAGGAAGAAGAAAAACCAAAACCAAAGGAGACGCUGACUUCCAGUCUGCUUGAGAACUGGAAUAAGGGCGAGGGGCUCGGUUUUGAAGGGAUGGGUCUGGGAAUCGGAUUGCGAGGAGCCAUCCGAUUGCCUUCCUUUAAGGUUAAAAGAAAAGAUCCACCCGAGUCUACAGUGGCAGGAGACAACAAACGAGCACGACCGUCCACUCCGGUGGAUGACGAGCUGGAGGAUGAAGACCGAGAUCGAGAUUCCGUUGAGCUCCGCUCGGGCGAUCCUAAAGCGGAUGGCGACAGCAUGUCAGCAAAGCGACGACGCUCACGACCACUUGAGCUGGACAGCGAGGGAGAAGAGGAGAUGGACACCUCCGAGAAGGAGGAGGAGGAGGAGUCUGACAGGGAGGAAGAGCCUGGUGAGAAGAAGGACAUAGACAGACUGUCAUCAGUCAAGGAGAGCGACAACGAGGAAGGAGAUGCUGAAGAUAAAGACUCCUCCAGUGCCAGCACCUCCUCUGAUUCCUCUGAUGAUGAAGCCGAGAGCUCGGCUUCCUCCAAGGUCAGCUCCGACUCGUCGGCGGAGAGCUCCGACUCCUCGGUGGAAAGCUCCGACUCCGAGUACGAGUUGAGCUCCGAGGAGGAAGACGAGGAGGAAGAAGAGAUGGCUGCUGACGACGAGAUGUACGGCAAAGAGGCAGUGACCUCUUCAUCUUCCUCAUCCUCGUCAUCCUCUUCGUCAUCCUCCGAUGAGGCAGACAAGGAGGUGGACAGUAAACCACCAAGUCCUCCCACCGCACCGGUCAAGGAGGAGCUGACGGAUGAGGAAGAGCUGAGCAUCAAACCCAAAUACGAACCUCACAGUCCUGUGGAGGUAGACCGGAAGCCCCUGUCUCCAAGAUCUGUUCCAGUUAAAGAGGAAAAGAUCCAAGCUGACAGCAACAUCCCUGUAGUCAAACCUGAACCUCAGGAGUACGUAACAAACCUCCGGCCCCCGACUCCCACCGGAGCCCUGCCUGACAGCGACCAGGAAACAAGAACCAAAGUAGACGGUCGUUCCCUCCUCCACCCUCCCCCCGGCCCCCUCCCCGACCUCCCCCAGCGGCCGAGGCUCCCCACGGACGAGGACAUCCCUCGAACGCCGGGCAGGGACCUGAUGGAGCGCGCCCGGAGCCUGGGCAAGUCUCAGAGUACCGACACGGUGCCCAACACGCCCGGCAGCGACGGUCCUUUGACGGGCAGCAGCCUGUUGCUCAGCUCCCCUCACAUUCCCGGCAGCCCCUUCUCCUACCCUUCACAGUCCCCUGUCCUCAGCGCAGGAGUCCCUCGUACCCCAGGAAGAGACUUGACGUUCACCCCCGUCUUCCCUGACCCCGCAGCGCUCAGGCUAAACAGGAAGAGCCUCGAGGAAGGAGCAGUUUUCAAGGAGCCACCGGUCACGGCUCUGCCCAACCAAGUCCUGUCAGCCGCCACCGAGGACUCAGCCACCAUACCUGAAGAUCUCCCCGCUAAGCUCGCCGCAGACAUCCCCGGCCUGUCAGACACCACCUCGUCAAAGAAAAAACCCGGGAGACCCAAAAAGAUUCCAGCUGUCUCUUCAGCCGACGAGUCUUUUGAGCUGUCGUCUGAAUCCACAGAUCUGCGUCAGGAACGCCUUCCAGGAAGUCUAUCCCUCCAGAUGACGACGGUCACGUCCCCCGAACACACCGUCCUGGACGUCCGGGAAGGAGAAGACGAGCCUCAGACGCUGCUGCCUCCCGCAGACGGCUUCGUCUCCUACAAACAGGAGGAGCCGGUAGUUUCGAAGCCUCGGAGGACAAGGCGGCGAGGCUGGGAGGAACUGCUCCUGGACGGCCUGUCCCCCGUCACCACGCCGCCUCGGGCCUACUUCAGCCCGCGCUCCGAGUUCGAGGAGAUGACCAUCCUGUACGACAUCUGGAACGAAGGCAUCGAUGAGGAGGACAUACGACUACUGCAGAUCACGUACGACAAGAUGCUGCAGCAGGACAUCUGCAGCGACUUCAUCAACGACACGCUGUGGGUCAACCAUCCUCCCACCAACAUUCCCGGCGUGAAGAAAAAGAGGAAAGAAGACGGCAUUCGGGAUCACACGACAGGCUGUGCUCGAAGUGAGGGCUACUACAAAAUCGACAAGAAGGACAAAGUCAAGUACCUGCAGAGCUCGCGGCUGCAGUCGGAGGAGCCACCGGUCGAUACGCAGGGCAUGAGUAUUCCCGCACAGGUCCACGCCUCCACCAGAUCUGGCUCGGAGCGGCGAUCGGAGCAGCGGCGCUUGCUGUCGUCUUUCGCCUGCGACAGCGACCUGCUCAAGUUCAACCAGCUGAAGUUCCGUAAGAAAAAGAUCCGAUUCUGCAAAUCGCACAUCCACGACUGGGGUCUUUUCGCCAUGGAGCCCAUUGCUGCUGAUGAAAUGGUGAUCGAGUACGUGGGACAGAACAUCAGACAGGUGAUCGCGGACAUGCGGGAGAAGCGCUACGAGGAGGAGGGCAUCGGUAGCAGCUACAUGUUCCGAGUGGACCACGACACCAUCAUCGACGCUACAAAGUGUGGCAACUUUGCCCGUUUCAUCAACCACAGCUGCAAUCCUAAUUGUUAUGCGAAAGUCAUCACAGUGGAGUCUCAGAAGAAGAUCGUGAUCUACUCCAGACAGCCGAUCAGCGUCAACGAGGAGAUCACGUACGACUACAAGUUCCCCAUCGAGGACGAGAAGAUCCCGUGUUUGUGCGGCGCAGAGAACUGCAGAGGGACGCUCAAUUAACGUCCGAUUUGUGGUCAAACUCCCCCCGGCCAGGUGUGACGCUGUAAGUGUCCCGGACUCACACCGACCGGCUCUCCUCACGUACUAAACUCUAGAUUGUUUACGAUUUAUGGUGCUCUUUGUACAAACCCCCCGAGACAAGUUCCCCACCCCCCACCGCCACAUCUCAGUGUUCGAACAGUAUUUCACUUCCUUUCCUUCUCUCAUUCGUCUCAUAAGCUUUCUCCACAUCAAACGUGGAACAACACAAAACAAACUCCCGUGUUCAGCUGCUUACUAAUGACGCACAACUCCUCGCUGUGUCCAUCCAGCUGCAGGUUGGAAGACAGCGGAGCGACUCGCUGCUACCUCCGCUGCACCACCUGUUCGAGAAAUCAAACUAACUAAACGCAAACAAUUAAAUCCUGCCACAAAUAAAAACAACAACAAUAAAAAAUCUGGGCUCUUUAACUACUUCCACCAGCCAACGACGGAUCAUGCUGCUUCCUUUUAGUUCAUGCAACAAAACAAAGAGGAUCCUUAUGACACUUUCAUUAUUUCAUAUUCUAGUGUUUUCAUGCUCCUUUCUUUAGAAAAGACACUAUAACUGUGUGUGUGCGUGUGUGAAUGAGUAUAUGAGAAUCAGCUGUCAGAAUGGGAGUGCACUGCCCCCUGCUGGCUGUGAUGCAGAACUAAUCAUGGAACAUCCACUGAGCAGCAACAAGCUAAUCUAAGCUAUCAGGUUUAGAGGACAUGAAUAUUGUUUUCAUUUAAAGUGCCAUACGAAGGUUUUUGUUCAACCCGAGGAGGCGGCUGUCCGCUCCUACGGUUUGUUUUGUUCAGACGGAAAAACAUUGGAGAUUCUUUGGUUUUCGUUGUUUUAUUUUCUUUGUCACCACUGAUGUUUAUAUUGUAAAUGAUAACUUGUACAGAAGAUAUAAAACUUUUUUAUCCUCACACUUUUAAGAUUUUUUUUAACAAAAAGACUGAAUAUUUAAAAUAUUUUCAGGGAUCUGUCAACGAAAUUGGAUGUUUGUUUGUUUUUUUUUAAUUUAAAGAAAGGAAGGGCCAUGUCCGUACACGGGAAAAGUCUCCACUUCCCUUUUCGAAAAAGAUUGUUUCUUGUGGAAACGUCUUCAUUUUUCUUCUCUUUUUUUAUUUGCUUUGAGAUCCUAAAACGUGUAAUUAGUCGAACUGUGAAUACUAUAUAAAUAUAUAAAUAUAUUUUUGUUCCUGGGGAUUUGCUACUUGAACUCUGCUCAGACGUUGUAUGUAUCGUAAUGAGGUGAGCGCUGAGCUGGUAGCAGGAGAUUCGGCUUGUGUCAAGCUCGUUCUGUUUUUUUAAAACAUUUUGUGUUUGUAAAUUCUAUGAAAAAAUUCUUUGCAGUGUGGAGAAUCGGCGAUGGAGAGAGGACUGAAGCGUCAGCCUGUUUCUCGUGUCUAUUUAUUAUAUGACAAAUGUAUGAAAGAGAAAACGAAAAUGAAAUAAAGACGUUUUGCAUACAUCAA